AUGAGUGUGUUCGCAACGAAGAAACCGUUCUCGGCCGUGACUGUCACAGUCGAGAAUCUUACCUCUGAGGCGUAUGAAGAGGAGGAUUUCAGUGGUAUCCCCGAGCUCGUCGAAGUCAUCACUUUGCAAGCCACUGGCCCAAGCGAAGCAGCUCGCGCUCUUCGGAAGAAGCUCAAAUAUGGAAACGUCCAUCGCCAGAUCCGUGCACUAGUUCUCCUCGAUGGUCUUAUUCAGAAUGCUGGCGAGAGGUUCCAGCGCACCUUUGUUGACGAGCCUCUGCUUGAGCGUCUACGUGUUUGUGGCACUUCUGACUUAUCUGACGUGGCCGUGAGAAAUAAAUGCAGGGAGCUUUUUCGCUCAUGGUCGCAAUACGCCGGAAAACCGGGACUCGACAGUCUUUCACGACUUCACAGGGAACUUCCCAAGAGGAAGCAAGCUGUCACUCAAGAGCGAUCCAAGGUCCUCAAAGAAACAGAAGAAAACCCAUUUGUCGAUGACGAACAAGAAGCUGCGGCAAAGGCUGCCCGCGAUGCACGAAACGCCUCGGGCCCUUCAAAUUCAACCCCUCUGUCUGGUUCAGGAUUUGGUCAUGCACCUUCCAAAUCCUCAUCCGGAGGCAGUUCCUUCUUCGGCGGUUCCAAGGACAAAAAGAAAGAUAAGGAUAAGGCCAAGGGGAAGCGAAAUCCUUUCAAUCUCGAGGCUGAGAAGGAUCAGAUGAAGUCUGUCAUUGCCGACUCCUCUAUUGCAGCCACGAAUUUGAUGAAUUCGCUUCAAAGCGUUAACCGCGAAGUUGAGCGCAUUUCGGAAAAUCAAGUUGCGGUGGAACGUUUCGAAGCCUGUAAGCUCCUGAGACGAAAAGUUUUGCGUUAUGUUCAUCAUGUCGAAGAAGAGCAGUGGUUAGGAGGGUUACUCCACGCCAAUGACGAGCUUGUCCACGCUCUCAUGUCAUUUGAACAGUUCGAUUGCUCUAUUGACGCGGAUAGUGACUCUGAUGACGAACUUGCUGAGCAAGCCCAUCUGUACCGAAUGGCUACGAUCAAAGGCAAGGAGGCCAUGGCCAAAGCAGCCGCCCAGUCUCCAACUACUUCGCAACCCCCAGAUCUGUCCGAGCUGAACAUUUCACAUUCUCCUGCUCAUGCUGCUCCUCCUCGCCCUCCUCCAAUGUCAAAGCCUCACUCAAACCCACCUCCCCAACCCCCACGGCCGGCAGCAGUGUCUCCGCCUCCACAGGAUGAAGAGGAUGACGAUGACCCUUUUGGAGAUUCACAUGCACUCGAUACACCUUCACACGAGCGCGAACAGCCUAGGUGGUGA